AUGUCAGCAUUAAAAGAAGAAUGGGCGAAUCUAAUGAAAUUAAGAGGAUCUGGAUAUAGAUAAAUGAGCAAGCCUUCCUCCUGUGGCGCGGUCCUUAUUUAAGGAUCCCCCCCUCAUUUGUCCAAUUUUCUAGUCUUUUAUCAUUUGUCCAUUUUUCUAGUUUUUUUUUAUAGGAAAAAAAAAUUGUUUUUGGACCUCAUUUGUCCAAUUUUCUAGUCAAAAUUUUGAUAGAGAAAAAAAAUUUUCAGGACCUCAAUUGUCUCAUUUUCUAGUAUUUUUAAAGUAAAAAACUAGAAUUUAGGGCAUUCGAAAAAAUCCAAAAAAGACUAGAAAAUUGGACAAAUCAUUUUUGACUAGAUUUUGGGACAAAUGAGGUCCUGAAAAAAAAAAAAUUCUUAUAAAAAAAAAGACUAGAAAAUUCGACAAAUGAGGGGGGGGGAUCCUUAUAUUCGGACAUCAUUUUUUAGUGCAAGGAACUCACCAAGGGCUGGGCUUGCCUCGAAGGAAGAGGCCUAGCACUAUUUCUGCUAAUUAGUAGCCUGACUCGAGCGGAAGUUUUUUGUACCUUUUUACCAGCAGCACCAAGGAUCAGAAUAGGCGUCCGAUAGAAGUAGGACGACUAACCUCCCUAAGCUGCUUCGUGGCCUGUCACAAACUGAACAAACACAUCCAGUUUUUCCUUGGAGAUGAUACAGAUAAAAGGAGAAGACAGGCUAGACAAAGACCUUUGGGAGAGUCUCUCCAAUUUAUAAGGAUCCCUCAAUGGAACCAUGUGGUCUAAGCUAUGCAGAGAUGGGCAAUUUUGGAAAAGGAGGUUUCCCGAAAAAUCUUGGGGCUCCUUAGGUCAGGAGGGAAAAUGCCUCUACAGAAAGCUGGCGUUUUAGCCCGAGAUCAUGCUGCUUUAAGGGAUUCCACCCCUACUGCAUUAUUCACUGAAUUUACCGCGCUUCAGGAAGUAGGGACUUUAAACCCAUCAUAAUCUAAUCCAAUCUAGUUAAGAGGAUCUGGACGUGUAGAAGAGAAUAAAACAGAAGACAUAAAGAGCAGGCUUUUUCAAACCUUCCACCACAUGCUGAAAGACCAUGUAACUGAUUUUCCGUCAGAGUUCAACAAAGUUCAAGUUAAGCCAGAAUUUGAAGCGUUAAGAACUAAAGUUCAAGGCGUUUUUCAAGGAAUUAUAGAAAGGGACCAAGAUAGUAAGAACAAAAUUAAUAAGCAGUUCACCUUCGGCUUGAACCCACAAAGAAGCAAAUCUCCUAUCCCAACAAUGCCAAAGCCAAAAAACGAAAAUAUUGAUAUAAAGAAAGGCAUUGACAGUAUUUGGAAAACUGAGGAAAUUCCAAUGAAAAAUUUUGAAGAUAAUUUCCCUGAACCAAAAUUUGAAAUAUUUUCUAUUGCAAAUAAGGAUUCGGCUAUCAAGCACACAGAACUGCUUGAUAGAGAAAUAAGCAUUUUUGGUGAUUUGUCACCUGUAGCUAGAUUUAUGACGAAUAUAGCUACUGAAGAAGAAGACCAGCUCUUGUCUGGGAAAAAUAACCAAUCUGAGUUGUUUUCACAAGUUCAUCUAUUACAAAUUGAUAUAUCCAAAAUAAAUCUAGAUAAAAUUGAAUGAGCUGACGCAUCUCACAUCACUUUGGGUAGGAUUCCAAAGAAAACUUUAUUGAGGAAGAUUAAAAAUUUGCCUGAAGAAACUGAUUCAAGCAUUACUGUUGCAUCUCCUGUACAAGAAGAAAGCACAAACAUGAUUAAUAAAACAGUCAAUGAAGCAGCUCAAAAUUUACAAAAUUCUUCUGAAUUUCAGGUUCCACUGAAGAAAAAUACGACUAUGCCUAAUAUGUAUAUUAGCGAAAACAAUAAUAAAAAAGAUGAUGAGCUCGAAGCCCAGCUAGAAGAAAUGAUGGAAAUUAUAAAAUCCCAGCAAGAAGGUGACAUUAACGAUAUUGAUGAAAAGCUUCAGCACUUGCUUGACUACAUGAAUACAAAAAUUAAAAACAACCCCAACAACCCAAAAAUCCUUGAAUUUAAAAUGAUUUUUCAGUUUUUAACAGAAUAUAAAAAAGCGAGAGAAGGAAAAAUCUAUCAUUCUAACAAGCAGCAUAUGAAGCCCGCAGUUCCCAAGAUAAAACGAUACUCUAAAGCUAAGCACUCACCUCCAAAGACUUCUCAGAUGCCUCAGUCAUCUUAUUAUUACUCUCCUAAAUCAGGAGAGCAAGCCACCACAACAGUGAUGAAAGAAGGCUGGAGUACGUCUUCAAAGCCAAGCGUUCUAAAUGCCAGAUACGCCCCUGUCAAAAAGCCUUCUACAAAGAUCGCUGAUUCGCCUAAAUCUUAUCAAUCUCGAGAAAGCCAAAGGAAGCACAGUUUCCAUAAUAAUACCGCAUCAAGCUCCAACAAAAUGAAAAAUAAGCCAUUUUCGCCUCCUCCAGCCGAAGUCUGGAUCGGUGGGUCCCGUCACCAGGUCGAAAAUGAUGAGGUUUGGAUCGACUCUAAAAAAGCUUUUUCAAAGCAAAACGUGAAAUCAUUUGACCAGUCUGCUGAGUACGACGUGGUUGGGUCUAAUGAUAUAUUCAGAAAUGAUAAAAGAUAA